AUGCUUCUCAAACUUCUAUAUCUCUUCUAUAUAUUAUUUCUGUGCUCAAUUUCUGGUGCUCAAAAAAAUGAGGGAAGUUCAGAAGUUGAGGGAGAUCGAAGCAGUGUUCCGGACAAAUUUGAUCAGCCGAGUUAUGGAUUCAUGUUGCCGGAGGGUUUUAAUGAGGUAAGAGAAAAAAUUUAAAUUUUGAAAAAAAAAAAAAAAUUUCAGAACUCAACCCUUCUCGCCGUCGUCGAUUUCAUAACUCAAAAAAACCACGCAACCCCAAAAAUCGCCGUCAAUUUCGACGAACUCAACUGGUUCGACAUUGGUGGAGUGCAAAAAACCAAGGCUGAUAACGCUGAUGUUUAUAGUGCCACUGUGAUUUUGAAAGCUGGAAGUGAUGUUAAAGUGGAUCGGACUGAUCAGGGGAUCUAUAAGUUUGUGGUGGAGGCUCAGUUGGGGGAUAAUGUUUUGGCGACGACGAAUGUUGUGGUGGAAGUUUUGGCGUUGGCGCCGACGACGAAGCGAGUGAGGACUACUGAAGAUCCGAUUGAGAUUUCGAAUGUUGAAUUGUCUCCAGCGGAAAAUGAUGAUGAUUUGGUGCUUGGGGUUGGUACUGAAGUUUCAACAACAACUUCUGAAGCCUCAGAACAAUCAACCGAUGCUUCAACUACAACAUCGGAACCUACUGUAGCUGUGGAAGUUACUAAAACUUCAGAAACCACUAGUGAAUCUACACCUGAACAAUCAGAUAUCACUGAAUCCGAAGAAUUAACAGAAACAUCUUCUGAACCUACUGUAUCCGUAGAAGUUACUACAACUUCGGAAGCCUCUAGUGAAUCCACAUCAGAACCAACAGAAACAUCCGAUGAAUCUACAACAUCGGAAAUUUCUAGUGAAUCUACAAUUGAUUCAGCAUCUACAAUUGAACCUACUGUAGCUGUGGAAGUUGCUACAACUUCUGAUGAAUCUACAACAUCAGAAGUCUCCAUGGCUGCAGAAGUUAUCACAACUCCAACUCCCCUUGAAAAUGACCCAGAACUUCUCACGAAUAUCCCCGAUGAAGCUUCUGGAACUCAAGAAUCCCCUACACCAGCUUCAGAUGAUUCGCUCGAAGCCUCUGCGACUCAACCAUCUGAGAUCGAAUCAUCCGGUGAACUUCUGACCGAUGAAUCUCCCAUUGAAUCGCCCAUCACGAUUCUUCCACUUCUAAAUCAUAUCGAAUCGGUUGAUCUGGAAAUUGAGGUUCAGGGAAAUCCGAAAGUUUUGGAUUCUAGAGCUGGAAGUCAGAUUAGAGGGCUUACCAUUGUUCCGAAGUCUGGGGCUAGAAGUACAGUAACAUUUUCUAUUGAACCUGAAGGAUUGGAAAUUCGUCCGAAGGUUCUAAGAACUGGUGAAGUUUCUGGGAUCUUUAUCAAUGAAAACUUCAACGCAACUCGGAAAUCAUACGAAAUUGUUGGGAAACUUGGAAAUGGCGCAGUGGUUAGACAACCUCUGAAUUUAGAAGUUGAAAAAUCUCAAAGUUCUGACAAGAUCUAUGAACUCAAAGAAUAUGAAUUCGCUGUGCUGGAAUCGGCUGAAAAUGGAAGAACGAUCGGAAGAAUUGAUGAAAAUGAUAUGAAAAUCAUCGGAGAUUCUGCAAAAAGAUUUUCACUUGUUGGAAAUUCGAUUAUCCUAACUUGCAGUGAAUUUGAGAAUGAGAAAUGUUUGGAGAAUUCUGGACCAAGGAAGGUUUAUUCUUUGAUGCUUCUCCCAAAUAAUGGAACUUUGGCACCGAUUCAAGUCACAAUCAAAGUUCAACAGAAGCCUGGGCAUUUGAGAACUUCGGAUGAUGUUUUGAGAAUUUCGGAUAAUCGGAUAAUUAUUCCUUUUGUGAUUUUGACUGAUGUUGAGCCAAGGAUUAGUGGAACAGCAUCGAGGUUUUUGGGACUUCGGAAGACUUUGGAUAUGUAUCAAGUGCAGGUGAUGAAUUCAGCUGCAAGUGGGAAAUAUGAAUUGGAAAUUCACACCGAAAACGAUAAUGCUUCAAAGAAAAUCGUCCCAGUGUUCGUUGAAAAUUCGCAAUCGCACGCUCAUUUCAGAAAACCAAAAUAUUCCGCAAAAAUCGAUUCAUCCAAAAUAACCGAAGGCAAACGAAUCACUCAAGUCGAAUUAGAGGGAGUUCCGAUCGAUGAAGCCAAGAUAAUCAUACUUAGCGGAAAUCCCGGUUGGGUUACUGUAGAGGGUUAUGGUGGGCGAGUUAAGGUGAAUAGUUUUGAUGGCGAGGUUUAUCAGGGAAAAUAUACUUUGAGAAUUGGAGCAAUUGAUAAGAAGACGCUGAUGAUUUUGACUGAAACUGAGCUGGAAAUUGAAGUUGUUAAUGGGAAAAUGAAAAAGGAAGUUGAGGAAGAAGUUACUGCAAAACUUCUGGAAACCACUUUUGAUCGAGAAACUUUUGUGGAAAAUUUUAAAAUCCCCCUGGAAAGUCCUGAUUUUGUACUGUUAUCUGAGGAUUCCUUUGCAAUUAAUGAAAUUGGCAAGCGAGAAAUCUAUGAGCCAAUGAAUAUCAAGAUCAAUAAAAACACCGUGGAGAUCAGGAAAAUAAAAGGAUUACGAAUUAUCAGCUUCAACUUGAUCAACAAAAAUACCAAACCAAUAGUUUUGAUUCGACUUAUAUCAACUCCAGCAUAUCUGGAAAAACAGGAAAAACUUCGGGCUAAACCGAUUUAUCCGAAGGAGUUGAUGGAAGUUGAUAUGCCUGAGGAAAUUGGGGAGGGAAGGAUUGUAGGAGUGUUCCCGGCUGUGAUUCCAACAACGAAUCAGCGAACAAGAUCGAGGAUUGAGGGAGCAAUGAGGGAAGCUUUUAACUUCAAUGAGGAAACUGGGGAAUUAAGGAUCAAGAAAGUUAUAGAUUAUGAAAGUUUGCCAGUUCAGCAAAGAAGUUUUGAUCUGAAAUUGAUAUCAGGUGAAAAAGGUUAUGAAUCGGAAGGGAUUCUUCGAAUUCAUGUGGUGGACAUUGAUGAUAAUACACCCUUGAUCACCCGAGAACAAAUCAAUACUGUUAGUUUGCCCGAAGAUCUACCGGGUGGCGCGAAAAUUGCGGAGUUUGAUGUGACAGAUCCAGAUGGCUCACGGAGUUUUGAAGUGCAUUUGGAAGGUCGGGGAAGUGAGCAGUAUUUUGCGAAUAUUGUGAGUUCUGGAAGGUUUCAUUUAAAAAAUAUAUAAUAAAAAUUUUGUAGACAAAUGCUGGGCUCCUGUCGAUAUUCCUGGCGCAAAACGGAAAAUUAGACCGUGAAGCUCGGGAUUCGAACGCAUUGAUUGUUCGAGUUGAAGAUAUGAGUGGAAAUUCGGAUCGGGUUAUAAUCCCAAUUCAAAUUCUUGAUGUCAAUGAUAAUGCGCCGCGGUUUUCAAGGAAAAUGUAUGAGGUUGAGGCGGUGGAGAAUUGGCCAAAGGGGGUUGUUUUGGAGAAGUGAGUUUGAAAAUUAAAAAUUGGAAAUUUUGAAUUUAUUUUAAAUUAAUUUUGACGUGAACUUUCACGUGGAUUUUUGGAAUUUCAUUUUUCAUUUUCUGUGGAUCGGAAAAUGCCAGGACUCUCGAAAUUCUAGGUAUAUUUUUUAGGCUUCUCUUAGGCUUCUCUUAGGCUUGUCAACAUUCCAGGCCUUAUUUAAGGCCUAUUGCCUUGAUUCAGAUAUUCAGAAUUAGGUUUUAUAUUUCUAGGAUUGAUUUCAGGUCCGUCCAAAUUUCGGGCUUCAUUAAGGCUUUGUCAAAAUUUUAGGGCCUAAUUCAGGCAUUUCAAAUUAGGUCUGUCUAAAGGCUUCAUUUUAGGCCUGUCAGGAAUUUCAGGCCUCAUUAAGGCUUAUCAAAAUUUUAGGGAUUGAUUCAGGCAUUUCAAAUUAGGUCUGUCUAACGGCUUCAUUUUAGGCCUGUCAGGAAUUUCAGGCCUCAUUUAGGCUUGUCAAAAUUUUAAGGCUUGAUUCAGGCAUUUCAAAUUAGGUCUGUCUAAAAGCUUGAUUUCAGGUCCGUCCAAAUUUCAGGCCUUAUUUAGGAUUGUCAGAAUUUUCCGACCUCAUUUAGGCUUAUCAAAAUUUCUAGGCUCAACCCAAGGUGCCUAAAAUUAGCCCAGGCUUGUCUGGAUUCCAAGGCUCAUUUUAGGCCUGUCUAGAAUUUCAGGCCUCAUUUAGGCUUGCCAAAAUUUCAGGGCUCAACCUGAGGUGCCUAAAAUUAGCCUUCUAUUUUCAAUUUAGGCUUAUCUGGAUUUCAAGGCUCAUUUAGGCUUGUCAAAACGCAACCUAAUUUUUUCCAGAAUCCAAGCCACAGAUCCGGAUCUCGGCCCAUCUGGAAACAUCCACUUCUCCCUCGAAGGAUCACCUCCGAAUCUCCUAUCCAUCAAUGAAACUUCGGGACUUCUGACAAUUUCCGGCGAUUUGAUGGGACUUUCACGCGCCGAACCAUAUGCUAUUCGAAUCAUUGCACAGGAUUCUGGAAGUCCGGCGUUGAAUUCGAGCGCGGUUUUGAAUUUGAGAGUGAGAAGCAAGGAUGAGUUGAUGAGUCAGCCGAUUGUUGAAUUUGUGAAUUUGGAAAAUCGAUUUGAAGUUGAGGAGGUGAGCUUUUUUAAAGCUCUGGAAGGCUUCUGGAAGCUCUGGAAGUCUUCUGGAAGCUCUGGGAGGCUUCUGGAAGCUCUGGAAGCUCUGGAAUGCUUCUGGAAGCUCUGGAAAGCUUCUGAAAGUUCCCACCGCAAUUUAAUUUUCCAGAACAUCCCUGACUCCCAAAAAAUCGCCAAAAUCGAAGCUCGUGUCAAAGGUUCACGCGAAGAUGGAAUUUCUCUCGAAUACACCUUGAAAGAUCUGAUAUCAGCGCAGGAAUCGUUCCAAAUCGAUAAAACAUCUGGCGAGAUUUUCGCAACACGGCCUAUCGAUUAUGAAGCGACGCAGGAUUACACGGUGAGUUGGGAAAGGGUUUUGAUUUCGAAAUCGACUUAUGACCUGGCUGAUAAGAGGAACAAUGUUAUUUGUUUUUUAUUUAUUUUUGAUCGAACAUUUUCGAGUCUUUUUUUGCUUUGGUUUGCUUUUCUAUUUAUUUUUCGGAUUUUAUUCAAUUGACUUUGCAUUUUGCAUUUUCGAACAAGUUUAUUUCUUUGCGGAGGUGGACAACGAUCAAAAGGUAAGGAUUUGUUACACUUCACAGAGUUUUAUGUGUGAUUUAAAUGUGACCCUAAACCAUGUUUAAUCCUAUUUGAAAUAUUUCUUGGGCCAAAAAUUUUCUGGUAGAUCAAAAAUUUUUUUUCUCUAAAUUUUUCGUUGAAUUUUUUCAAAAUUGAUUUUUAAGUUGCUAAAAAUUUUUCAGAUUUAGAAUUUCGCUAAAAAGCCUUUUUUAGGCCAUAAAACAAACAUAUAUCUACAGUAAUCUCUACUGAAUCUGAUUUAUUCGGGACCCCAAGAUCAAAUUUGCUAACAGUUCUAUUAGUCCUGGAAUCUAUCAAGGAACCCUAUAUCUACAGUAACCCUAGAUCUAUUUCUACAGGAAUCCCAUAAUCUAUUAGGGAGCCUUAGAUCUACAGUAACCCAAGAUUUACAGUAACCCUAGAUCUAUCAAAGAUCACUAGCUCUACAGUAACCCUAGAUCUAUUUCUACAGUAACCCUAGAUCCUGACCCAAUUCCUUCAGCUCUCUUCCAAAAAAAAUUUCUCAAAUUUUUGAAGUUUGCUUUUCUUAUCAAUUAGUGUCAAUCGAAACUUCUUUUUUUUUUUCUUUUUUUUUCAAAAAAAAAAAAACAAAAGUUUCUAUUCAAUUUUAUCAUCACAUUUUUAUAACUCUUCUUUUCUCAUUUUCAAAAAUAGAAAAAGUUCCGUUUGGUCAGAAAAACAUAAAAUCGAUGAGUCAAAGCAAUAUUUAUUUGCAUAUUUCAUUUCAUUUCGAAACUAUAUUUUAUUUUUUUUAUUUAUUUCAAACUUUUUUCAAAUAUUUACACUUAAGAGACACAUUUUUUGGCUGUAACUGUAAACAAAAAUUCACUGUUCGAAUUUUUUGAGGACCGAUUAACUAAUUCAACUUGUCACACACGCCUUUAGUUAAUGUGACUGUUUUUUUGGAGGGAAAAGGAACGGGUGUUCCAGUUUUAUGAUUUUUUUAUAGGAUUUUCAGCAAGAAUUUUUAGAGCAGAAUUAUUUUGGCUGAAAAUUUGGAGCAUAAACUUCUGAAAAUUUCAAACUAUAUUUCAAGGCUUAAGGUUAUGAUUAAGGUUUAAAGUUUUAUCCGAAGUCACCAGGAUACUUGAACUUGAAAUCUGAAAAUCUUUUUGAAUUUUUCAACAACUUUUUUUUUACAUUUGAUUGAUGUAUAUUGACUGUAAAAGUUUUCUGAUCGAAUUAUAGUUGUUGUUUUUUUUUCUCACGAAAAUUAUAAGUUUUCUAUUUUUCAAGGUAAAAAAAAAGAAAAAAAAUUGUGCGGCGGGUGGGGGUCGAACCCCGGCUCCUCGAACAAAAUGCACGCAUGUAGACCACUCGGCCAUCUAGCUGUUUCUUUCCGCUGUCGAAAUUUUUAUAUUCAAAUGGCUCGCUUGAAUUUCUCGAUUUUUCCCAUGAAAAUUAAAAAUUAUAAAUUUUCAAGGUCAAUUUUCACCACUUUCCUUCUCACUAAAUGAAUAAGUAAAUAAAUAGAUGAUCAUCAAAAAAUGUGUACAGUUAUUUAGAAAGAAAAAAAAAUUGAUGAUCAUGCUCCAAAUCUCAAGUGCUCUCUGCUCUCUCUCUCGCGAGCUCCCAAACACAACUUUUUUGUGCUCUUUUCCUCAUUAUUUUCUGCGCAUGCCCAGAAUUACUGUCCAAAUAUGUGUCGCGCCUCAUUUUUUCCACACUUUUCGCGCCAUUGAGCAAAUCGUGUUGUGUUGUGUUGUAAAAGACUGUGAGACGAGAGGGAAAAUGAAAAAAAAGGGUACAUAACUGGUAUUUUUUGACGGGGUGUUGCGCAAUUUUUCCCCUGAAAUUUCGUAUUGUUCACUUGUUGUCUUGGUUCAAAGAUUUUCGACAAAAGCGCUAGGAGGCGGUGUUCGGGGGCGUUUUUUGUCAAAAUGUCAAUAUGCAAAUGAAGAUUUCUGAACUGUAUAAUUUCGAUUUAGCAUACGUUUUUCCAGUGAAAAUUAGGUUUCAAUAUUUUUCGAAUAAUAAAAUUUUGUCUGUGAUUUUCUGAGAUGAAAAUUUUCUGGAAACAUUUUUCUCUGAAUUUUUUCUUUUCUCAGGGAAAAUAUGAAAUCUGUGAGAAAAUAAUUUUCUAAAAUUCGAAAAAUUCAGAUUCCAAUUUUGCCACGUCAUAGCUUAAAUUAGAAGUUCAAAGGCAGAUGAAAAUUUCUAGAAUACAUAAAUUUUAUUAAAAAUCUUGAUUCCAAGUUGAAACAAUUUUCUUGUUAUGGGGUGAUUCAAGUCUAGAAAAAAAAAUUUGAAAAACAAUUUUUUUUGACCAAAAAUUUCGAUUCAAGAAAUGUCAAAAAAAAACUAUUUUUCCUAUUUUUGGACAUUUUUUCCACUUAAAAAUGAAAAAAAAUGUCAAAAAAUAGGAAAAAAAGUUUAUUUUUUGACAUUUUUUGAAUCGAAAUUUUUUCAAUAAAUGUUUUUUUGUAAAUUAUUUUUUUUUCAACUUGAAUCACCCCAUUCUGGUCAUAUUUUUGAGUAAAAAUCAGAACAAUAUUACGUGACUUCCUAUUUUCCGUUUCAUUUUUUUUAAUCAAAACUUCACAACUUCCAUCAAUCAUUUUUCCAACCAUUACAGUUUUUUUUCCACUUCACUUCAAAUUUUAUCAUCAAGAAAUCCCGCAAACAUUGUUAGAUAAUCGAAACUUUUCUUUUUUUUUUCUUUUUUUCCUACAUUAAAAUGUUGUUUGCGUUCCUUCGUUCCUUCAAUUCCACUUGAAAUUUUUUUACAAUUUUAUUUUAUUUUAUUCUAGUAAUAAAUCCAAGACUCUCUCUAGAGUCGCCUGAAAACGAAAAGGUAAGAAUCACAAAAAUUUCACUUUUUGGUUUCGGCACAUAUGUAAUUAGAAUAAAAACUAGUGGUUUUCCGUUUUCUCACAAAUUGUACGAAAUUCAUUCAACGAUAAUCGUUUACAUUUGUUGUGUUUAUCUAUCUUUUUGUCCACUUCUAAAGUAUUUAUCUAACAAGAAUUUCUUGAUUUUUGUGUUGAAUAGUAAAAAAAAAACAUGGAUCGUAAGUUCAAGGAAAAAAAAUUCUGUGACUGAAAUGCACCUUUGAGCCAAGUUACAAGGCUCUAAACAGGCCUGUGCCGGAAAUUUUCCGGAUUUUCCGAUUUUUUCAAGGAAAAAUCAAUUUUCCGGAAAAUGAUCUUUAGUAGUAAUAUUUUCAAAAUUGCCUAAAUUUUGGGAACUUUUCUCAGUUUAUGAUAGAAAAAAUGAAAUUUUGGAUUUUUUUUUCAAUUUUUCAAAUUUUACUAUUUUUUGAACGUAAGACGUCUCAAAUAGUUACUAAAUUACCUGUGAAUAGAAGAAUUGUAGAUAAAAAUAAGUUUUUGUGCCAACUUAAGGCUGAAAAUCGCGAAUUUCAGACUUUGAAUAAUUUUCCGACUUUCCGGGUUUUGAUUUUCCGGCACAGGCCAGGCUCUAGAGUUCUAUAGAUGUUGCUGAAGAAGAUUCGAUGAAAAUCUUGAGGUUCAGAUCAAUUUUCAGAACUCUGGAGCCUCGUAAAAUGGCUAUGUUUUGGGACUGAAUCUGUAGAUUUUCCGAACUUUGCGGAUCCGUAAUUUGGCACUUCUAACCAUAUUUAUCUCCGCAAACCGCUCAAAAAAACCAAUUUCAGAAAUGGGAAAACUUGAAAAAAUUGGUCGAAGUAUCCUCAAAAAAAUCAAUAAUACAACUCGCCGGCGGGCUCUCACUCCUCAACAGAAUCCACAUCAAACAUCAUCAGACGAGGAAACUGAGAAUCAAAAAAACCAGCGAAAAAAGACGAGUUCAAUGCCAGAUGUGUCAUAUGUUCAUAAUUUCACAGUGAAUACCGAACCGCCAGUUCCAAUCAUCAGAAUUCCACCUCCACAACAAUCCUCGCCGAGAUCUAAUACAACAACUUCUGAUGGAGGAUAUACCACUGAUGAUACAUUGAAUGUUGAGAUAAAAUCGGAUUCACAAGGAUAUUAUUCGGCUAGUUCACUUAGUCCAACGUUAGAAGUUCCCAAGAGAUAUGAGAAAUAUCCGAGGAUAAAUGUCUCUUCGAAAUCCCAUUCAGAUCUUCUACGAGCCAUCGAAGUUCCCAUAAUUCUACCAGAUCCUAGUAAAUCUGUGAGCAACUUGGCGAGCUUGGAACCUUCAGAUCCAAUCGAAAGAUUUUUGAAGAGAUCAAUUUAUAAAACCAAGAUGAUUACAACGGUUUUUGAGGCGAAAAAUGGGGGAUUCGAGGAGAUUUAUGAGGAUGUUUGUGAUGAAAUUGAUCGAUGGUUUGAGACGAAAAAUAUGAUGGCGGUGGCGUGUGAAAUGCAUUGGUCAGUACCCAAGGAAAAGAGAUCGAGGCAAUUGGAAUGCAAGUGAGUCUUCUGAAUCGGAGCGGAAGUAUUUUUUCAAAAAAAAAAUCGAUAUUCAUCUCAAAGUUGACGAAAAUACUCGAUUUCAAUCUAUCGAAAAAUUUUUUGAACGAAAAAAAAACACAACAUAGACUAUUAUCGAAAAUCUCAUCGGUACUAGUACGCGCUCCACCGAAAUAAACACGCAACGCAGACCGCGCCGCGUCACAACACACACAAAAAGGGAGGGAAUUUGAAUCGUUCCCUUAUUUGUGUGUGUUGUGGCGCGACGCGGUCUGCGUUGCGUGUUUAUUUCGGUGGAGCGCGUGGAGUACCGAUGAGAUUUUCGAUAAUAACUCUCGUUUCAAAUUUUUUUCGAGCUAAAUAAGUUCAUUCGAAUUUUAUUUAUUAGAAAAACAUUUUUGGACAAAAAGUUUUGAUUCAGCAAAUGUCAAAAAAACUUUUUUCCUAUUUUUUUGACAUUUUUUUUCAUUGAAAUAUUUGCUAAAGCGAAAUUUUUUGUAAAAAAACGUUUUUUUUAUUAUUUUUUUUUUUCACCCCAUAAAAUUCGCUUUUCCAGACUAAAAGAGAAACUUCUAAGCGCUCUGCGUGAAAACAACAAAAGACUUUUGUACAUGCGAGGAAUGGGUCGUGGAAAAACACCGAUCAAAUUAGCCGAAUCCAAAACCGUUGAGAAUAUUACCAGAGACAAACCAACUGAUUCAGUCAGAGGUAGGCUCACAAUAAGAAUCCCAGGGAUAUUUAUCCAUCCCGAUGUUUAUUUUUUUGCAGGAAUUUAUCAACGAAGUUACACCCGUCUUCUACCGUACCUUCACAAAGAAACGCCUGAAUGGCAUUCACAAUAUUGGACACUGAAAGAUAUGCAACACCUUGAAGAGGAACAAAACAAUAACAAUAAUUUGCAACAACCCGAACCGCAACAUUUUCUUUUCGAUGAACGGGAUCCGGAUGUGUUGGAAAAUACAUCGUUGAUUUCGUUGAAUAUUAUUGGAUUGAGUAUUUUGGGAAAUUCGAGAGGUUCCAAUUAUUUCGAUCAGAUUUGAGGAGAAGAAAAUAAAUAUUGAAUUACGGGUUGAUUUUUUGUUUUUUUUUGUGUGUAUAAAUAAAUAUUCAAAUUUCUCUUUUUAUGUUUUUUUUUCUAGGAUCCGCGUCUAGAGAUUGACUUUGGCAAGGAGGCGCGCCUUGAGAUCCACACUAGCAAGGAGUCGCGCCUAGAGGUCCUUCUCCUCAAGCAGCCGAGCCUAGAGACUUUAAUUGUCAAGCAGCCGCGUCUAGAAAGUUCAUUUGUCAAGGAUUAGCUCCUAGAAAGCCUAGUCUCAAGAAGCCACGCCUAGAGCGUAUAAUUUUCUCGGACCCGCGUCUAGAGAUUGACUUUGGCAAGUAGGCGCGCCUUGAGAACCUAGAUCUCAAGUAGCCGCGUCUAAAGAAUGACUUUUGCAAGGAAUCGCGCCUUGAGAACCUAUAUCUCAAGCAGCCGAGCCUUGAGAUCCUCUUCCUCAAGAAUCCGCGCCCUGAGAUCCACUCUAGCAAGGAGUCGCGCCUGGAGAUCCCUCUCCUCAAUCAAGUCCGUGGAAAUUUUUUCUCCGUGGAAAUUUUUUCUCAGUGCGAGUGAUUCCUGAAUUUUUUGAAAAACAUCAAAUCCUACUCGGAUGAUUUCCUAGAUGUAAUUAUUAGAAAUGCUUGCGAUUGAUCUGACAUUGGUGUACACAUUACAAAUCAAACUAAAACUUACGGUUAUGUCUAUGAGUUUCAUUUAUAAUUAUGUUUAAUACAUAAAAACCAUAAAAACUAUAAAUUUCGUGCUAUCUCCACUGAUUCUGGUCUCCUCACCUCCGAUUAGUCAUUUUAAUUUAGCUUGUGUCAUCCUCCCCCCCCCAAAAUAAUUUAAUUCAAUUCGAUUUUGUUCUAUUUUUUUUUAUUUUACUUUGUGUUCGAUUUCAUUAUAUAUUGUGUUUUAUCUUACUUACUGCGUGAUUUUUUCUCUAACGGUGUAUUUUCCGCUCAUCGUAAAUAAAUAAAUAAAUAAAUAAAUAAAUCAGCCGAGCCUAGAAAUUCUAGUUGUCAAGGAUUAGCUCCUACAGAGCUUUGCUCUCAAGCAUCGGCGCCUUGAGAUCCUCUUUCUCAAGCAGCCGCGCCUAGAGAUGCUCUUUCUCAAGUAGGCGCGCCUAGAGAUCCCCCUCCUCAAGCAGCCGCGCCUUGAGAUCCUCUUCCUCAAGAAUCCGCGCCUUGAGAUCCUCUUUCUCAAGCAGCCAAGCCUAGAAAUUCUAGUUGACAAGGAUCAGCGCCUACUGAAGCCCCCUCAAAUCUCAUCUAACAGAUUUUCAGCUCCUCGUCACUGCCACAAAUCCUGCUGAUCCCACACAAACCGCUUCAACAAUUAUCCAUCUAGAUAUUCUGAAUCUGGAAGACAAUUCUCCCGAAUUCCCCAAAAGCGCCACAAGAGUUUUCAAAGUUCCAAGCAACACUUCAAAAUCGACAGCAAUCGGAAGAAUCGUGGCCUAUGACGCUGACAAAAAACCAAUCUUCUAUUAUAUUAUUCCAAGUUGUGGAUCGGAAAUGGCCGCGAAUUUUACAAUUGAUCACGAGUUUGGAGAAAUUGUGUAUCAUCCUCAGAAACCUACCACAGAAGUUUCUGGGAGAGUUGAGAUUUGUAUUUUGGCGGAUUCUAGAGAAAAUGUUGAUUUGGUGGAUGUUUUCUAUGAUUCGACAGCGAAAAAUAUGCAAAAAAUCACGGUUGAAGUUCAUAGUGAUGAAAAUAAAGUGGAUGUGGAGAAGGAAAUUGUGGUAGAAGCUCAGAAAAUUGCGCAAGUUGGAGAUAGUCUACAAAAUAUUGAGAUUCCUAUUGAUUUUAAUAGUCAAGCGCAAGAUUUUGAACUGGAAACUAUUAAUUUUGUACCGUAAGUUUAUUUUUGAAUUGGAUCCGAUAAUAAUCGGUUUUUUUGUUUUCAGAGCAAAUUAUGAGCUUGGCCGCGAUAUGAUUUCGCCCGAAGGAUCUGUCGAACUCAACAAAAAUACCGGGGAACUUGCAGCAACUCCACGAAUCCUAGAUGCUCCCCAAGGUAUCUACAUUGCGCAGCUCAAAAACGAGAGAGGAAUUCGAGAACUUCAUCAUAUUCGAGAUGAUCGCAAGUUGAAGUAUGUGUUGGCGAUGGAAAGAAAUGAGUUUGGAGCGAAUAUGGAGAAAUUGAAGAGACAACUGCGGGAAGCGUUGAAAUCAAUGGAUGUUUAUUUUUCGGAGCCAUUAAGGGAUUCAAAGAAUUCUUCAUAUACUUCGGUGUGUUUUUAUAUCACCAAAGAUAAUGCGAUUUUGGAGGAUAAACAAAUGAGUGCACUUUUAUCGAAUACAAAUCAAUAUAUCGAUAAAAUUCAUCAUAUUUUCAAAGUUGUUAAUGUUGAUCAAUGUACGCAGGCAAAACCAUUGCAAAUUUCAAAUGAUAUUCCACUAAAUACUUUGAUUCUUAUAAGUAUUGUUGCUGUUUUGAUUUUGAUUCUUGUUGCAUUAGUUGGCUAUAUUUGCUGUGUUGCUAGAUAUCGAAGAAGUCUUGAAGAGAAGUUGAAAACUCCUUAUUACAAAUCCCCUGGUUCUCAAUCGUAUGCUCCAACUAGUACAUCUUCUCAUACAAUUGGUUAUUAUUAA